GUUCGGAAAUAAAAGUGCCAAGGGUUAUUGGGCACAAGUAAAUAGAAGGUCAUUUUGAUUGGCUGGAUAGACAUUUAUCUGCUGCCAGCAGCUGAAAAUCGCCUAUGUCGAUCACACUGAAGGACAAAGUUUUUGUGGUGGAGGGUGGCGUGAGUCGGAACUGUGGCGUUCCCCGGGUAUUCCGUGAUCAUUUUAUAUUCAUCUGUUCCGAGGGUAGAAUCAAGACCUUGCAUACCUAACACUAGCCAUGAAUUUGGAAAUCUGGCCUGGAGAUUGGGGUCUGCCAUCAAUUGAUUCCAAUUGCUUGGAAGUUCUGACCUAUUUGAAGAUGUGCGGCGCCGAAGCGGAGCUGACUGCCGCCAACAACCCUCUGCGCUCCCCGAGCGGACAUUUUCCCGUGCUGCGCCACGAGCAGGCUGUGAUCGGCUCGCUAAAUGAUAUCAUACUGCAUCUGAAACGCCAGAACUACAACCCGGAUUACGCGCUGUCGGCCCGCCAGUGUGCUGACUCGCUGGCCUUCACCAAUCUGCUGCGGGACCGCCUGGAGCCGGCUCUGUGGCUCUGCUGGUGGGUGGAUGCCAAGAACAGCACCGAGCUGACGCGCAAGUGGUACGCGUCACACCUGCGAUUCCCGCUCAACUUCUACUACCCCUCUGUGUGGGAGGAGGCGGCGCGGCGACGGCUGGCCGCCGUCUGCGACUUCGAUGCCACGCCAGAGGCCGUCGAGGCGUAUGUGUGUCGCCGCGCCGACGAGUGUUUCUCGUCGCUCUCGGAGCAGCUGGGCGACCGGCACUGGUUCCUGGGCGGCAGCGCGCCCACCUCACUGGACGCGCGGGUGUUCGGCCUGCUGGCGCCUCUGCUGCGCGCGCCACUGCCCAGCCACCGACUGCAGGGCCUGCUCAAGGGAUACCCCAACCUGGUCACCUUCGUCGGUCGCGUGCAGCAAAAGUUCUUCGUCAAGGAGCGGGAUGAGUACGAGGCGCAACAGAAGGACAGACGGUCGGGCGAAGGCGGUGGCUCCCGGGCUGAUAACUCGGCAGAUGACGCAGAGUUUCCGCACAAGCGGCGUAACCAGGUGCUGGCAGGCCUGGUGGCCGCUGUCGUCAUGCUGACCUUCGCGCUCACCAACGGCAUUGUCAAGAUCGAGACUCAGGACCAGUCUGAAUACGACAUGUCGGAAAUGGAUGCCGACUAGGCGCUCGGACCGGCGGCAGACCCUAUAGUUUUGCUCCGUAUAGUAGGCAGAGAGCCUGUGAGGCUGUUGUGUAUGCUGUGUAUAACGGAUGCGUGUAGGCCCGGCGGGGUUAUUUUGUGAGCUGAAAUUGUCGAGUCGGUAUCGCUGUGACCUAUUUUGAUGCUGCUACUGAUUUGGUGCCAGGGUGUAGCGCGGAUGGCACUGCGCUGGAACUGUGGAUUUGCAGUGUCCUUGUUUUGUAUGGAUUAGCUGGGCCGAUCGUGCCGGUCAUACGACUCACUAAGUAAACACAUGGCUGUGUAUUUUGUUGCCAGUUUAUGGUCAUUGAUCGGCAGUGGACAGUAGGCCCAGAGAAGGACUCAAAGAACGCCGUCAUUUGCGUCUCCAUUCGUUUAUCCAGUGCAGUUUGUGUUUACUUAGCAUUUGUUAGGGUCCCAUUUGUAGGUAUUUAAACCGGCCUGGUUUUCGACCGUAAGCGUGUUUAUUUUUGGGUAAAGAUGCAUUUUGUGCCAUGCAGCGUUGCAAAAUAGGUUGGAGUAUACAAUAAACCCACUUUUUAUCCAAA